AUGAGUCAUUUCAGAGCGCUGACAGGUGUCGUAAGAGGCAGUAGCCUAUGGAUCCGAAGCGGACAUGCAGCGGCGAGGAGACACGUUUUCGACCCCCGCAGAGGCAGCUCCUCUGAGUCAGCAGAGCCCUCGUUGGCAGCCUGCACCUCCAGCUAUGUGGAGGAAAUGUAUUAUGCCUGGCUGGAGGACAACAAAAACGUGCACGAGUCUUGGGAUGCAUAUUUUCGUAAUGCCCAGGCUGGCAGUCCAGCUGGGGAGGUGGAGAGCAGGCGCCCCUCCACCCUCCUGCAGGGCAGAGCCAUGACUCAGACGCCCGCCAUGGCUCAGAAGGUGGUGGAGGAUCAUCUGGCUGUUCACACCCUCAUCAGAGCCUAUCAGAUCCGUGGCCAUCACGUUGCACGACUGGAUCCGCUUGGAAUCCUGGAGGCUGACUUAGACUCUUUUGUGCCUUCAGAUCUGAUAACUACGAUUGACAAACUGGGAUUCUAUGGCUUGGAGGAGUCUGAUCUGGACAAGAAAUUUCAGUUACCAGCGACUACCUUCAUCGGUGGGAAUGAGAGCACUCUACCGCUGCAUGAGAUCAUACGCAGACUGGAGUCUUCGUACUGUGGACACAUCGGGGUGGAGUUUAUGUUCAUUAACAGCGUGGAGCAAUGUCAGUGGAUCAGGCAGAAGAUCGAGACGCCAGGGAUCAUGAGAUUCACCCCCAGAGAGAAGAGGACGCUGCUGGCCAGACUGGUUCGCUCCACUCGGUUUGAAGAUUUCUUGGCGCGGAAGUGGUCCUCAGAGAAACGUUUUGGGUUGGAGGGGUGUGAGGUGCUCAUUCCCGCCCUGAAGAUGAUCAUCGACAAAUCCAGCGAGGCCGGUGUUGACAGCAUCAUCAUGGGGAUGCCUCACAGGGGGCGACUCAACGUGCUGGCCAACGUGGUCCGUAAAGAUCUAGAUCAGAUUUUCUGCCAGUUUGAUCCCAAACUGGAGGCUGCUGAUGAGGGCUCAGGGGACGUGAAGUAUCAUCUGGGCAUGUAUCAUGAACGGAUUAACCGAGAGACAGACAAAAAUAUAACCCUGUCCCUCAUGGCAAACCCCUCCCACCUGGAGGCCGUCGACCCCGUGGUCCAGGGCAAGACCAAAGCUGAGCAGUUCUACAGAGGAGACACAAAAGGGAAGAAGGUGAUGUCCAUCCUCAUGCACGGAGAUGCGGCGUUCGCAGGUCAAGGGGUCGUCUACGAGACCUUCCAUCUGAGCGAACUGCCUUCUUACACCACACACGGCACCAUCCACGUGGUCGUUAAUAACCAGAUUGGCUUCACCACUGACCCUCGAAUGGCGCGUUCCUCGCCCUAUCCCACCGACGUGGCGCGCGUGGUCAACGCACCCAUCUUCCACGUCAACGCCGACGACCCUGAGGCCGUGAUGUAUGUGUGCAGGGUCGCGGCGGAGUGGAGAAACACCUUCAACAAGGACGUGGUCAUAGAUCUGGUCUGUUACCGUCGUUUUGGUCACAACGAGAUGGACGAGCCCAUGUUUACCCAGCCCCUCAUGUACAAACAGAUCCGUAAACAGGAGUACGUCCUUAAGAAAUACUCCGACAGGCUCAUAGCAGAGGGAGUCGUCACCCUGCAGGAGUUUGAGGAAGAGAUAGCCAAAUAUGACAAGAUUUGUGAAGAGGCAUACACCAGCUCCAAGGAUGAGAAGAUUCUACAUAUUCGUCAUUGGCUUGAUUCUCCAUGGCCAGGCUUCUUCACGGCAGAGGGCGAGCCGAAGAGCAUGAGCUGCCCCCCCACCGGCCUGGAUGAAGGGACGCUACGUCACAUCGGCGCGAUAGCCAGUUCUGUCCCUGUGGAGGAUUUUGCUAUUCACCCUGGCGUGUCCCGUAUCCUGCGCGGGCGGGCGGACAUGAUUCGGAAGCGGUCAGUGGACUGGGCUCUGGGCGAGUACAUGGCGUUCGGUUCUCUGCUGAGAGACGGGAUCCACGUGAGGCUCAGUGGACAGGACGUGGAGAGAGGAACCUUCAGUCACCGUCACCACGUUUUGCAUGAUCAGGAAGUUGACAAGCGUUUCUGUGUUCCCAUGAACCAUCUGUGGGAGAACCAGGCUCCUUACACAGUGUGUAACAGCUCCCUAUCUGAGUACGGGGUCUUGGGCUUUGAGCUGGGCUUUGCUAUGGCCAGUCCUAACGCUCUGGUGUGCUGGGAGGCUCAGUUUGGGGACUUCCAUAACACAGCUCAGUGCAUCAUUGACCAGUUCAUCUGUUCCGGACAGGCUAAGUGGGUUCGCAAUAACGGCAUCGUCCUGCUGCUACCCCACGGCAUGGAGGGAAUGGGUCCGGAGCACUCGUCAGCACGGCCCGAGCGCUUCCUGCAGAUGAGCAAGGACGACCCCGACCGCUACCCGGGAUUCACAGGAGACUUUGAGGUCCAGCAGCUUUAUGACUGUAAUUGGAUCGUGGUCAAUUGCUCAACACCUGCCAAUUAUUUUCAUGUGCUUAGAAGGCAAAUCUUAUUGCCAUUCAGAAAGCCGUUGAUCAUUCUCACCCCCAAGUCAUUACUGCGACAUCCUGAUGCUCGAUCCAGUUUUGAUGAAAUGACCACAGGCACCAAAUUCCAGAGGGUUCUUCCAGACAAUGGGCCUGCAUCUCAGAACCCAGAGCAAGUAAAGAGGGUGAUUUUUUGCACGGGGAAAGUCUACUAUGAAUUGGCAAAAGAGAGAAAACAACAGAACUUGGAGAGUGAGGUCGCCAUCAUCCGACUGGAGCAGAUAUCUCCUUUCCCAUUUGACCUUGUGAAAGCUGAAGUGGUGAAGUAUGGUAACACAGAGUUAGUGUGGUGUCAAGAGGAACAUAAGAACAUGGGUUACUAUGACUACGUAAGACCACGAUUCCUCACCGUACUCGACAACGAGAGACCAAUAUGGUACGUUGGCCGGGAUCCCGCCGCUGCCCCAGCCACAGGGAACAAAUUUACCCACCUGGCCGAACUGAAGAGAUUCACGGACGCUGCGUUUAAUCUCAAGUCCUUUGAGGGUGUAAGGUUCUGA